UGGUCAAAAACUAUUUUAAAUUUCAUUCAUUACGAAUUAUUUUUAAUGUAAAAUACCAAAAAAAAAAGCAAGGAAAACAAAAAUUUACAUAAAAAAAUCAAAAUACAAAAACUCAAAAAAGCAAAAUUAACAGAGAAAUAACCGUGAAAACUUACAAAAAAAAAAACAAUAAUAAAAAAUGCAUAUAAACCAGCAACUGUCAAUUUUUGCUAAUUUCCGUUAACAAGCAAAAACAAAAAAAAGAAGAAAACUUUUUUUCAACAUAACCAAUAAUAACAGUAUUGACAGCAACAUUCCGCGUAGCCUAUCGUUAAAAAUACGCGUAAAAAAUAUGAUUUUAAUUUUUAAGACAAGUUUUACACGAAACUCAUAAAAUCAAGAAAAAAAACAAACAAAAUAAAAUCAAACUAAAAAAAUAAAGAAUUGAAAAAAAAUAAAGAAUUUCUAAAUAGAAUAAAGGAAAAGCAAAUAAAAUAGAAAGAGAUAAAAAAUAAUUUAAAUUUAAUUAAAUAAAAAAAAAAUACAAUUUAAGUACAAGUACAUAUAGGUAAAAAUAAUAAAAAAAAAAUAAAGUACUUAACUACUUACAUGUGUUUUUAAAAAGUUCUUAUUAAGCCAGACACCGCGAAAACAAAAAAAUAAAUAAAAUAUAAAUAAAAAAGUUAAAUAAAAAGAAUAAAGAAAACAGAAACAAAAAAUAUGAAACGUAGAGGCAUGGUUUCAUGUGUAGAAGUUGAUACAUGGAGCCGUGGAAUAUUAGCAAGAUUAUCAGCAAGUUUUGGUUAUUCAAAAAGUCGCGCUAAUAAAUUAAAAUUAUUAGAUUGUGGUGGUGGUGAUCAUCAAUGUUGGGAAGAUACUAAAAAACAGAGUGCAGCAUUUGCAUUACUGGGACGACGAGCUAAAAUGGAAGAUAGAUUUACACUGGAAGAAGAUAUAAAUAAUACAGGCAUAUCAUUUUUCGCUAUAUUUGAUGGGCAUGGUGGUGAAUUUGCAGCAGAUUUCGCUAAAGAUAUAUUAGUUAAAAAUCUUUUUAAUAAAAUCACCGAAAGUUGUAAAUUAUUACAAGAGCAACAGACUAGAUUAAAAGCAGAUCCAGAAACACAACAUGAUUAUCAAAAUAGUCCAUUUAUGAGAAGGAGAUCAAGUUUUAGAAAAGAAGAUUUGUUUGGUGAAAAUAAAGAAAAUACAAGUGGUGGUACACAAGUAAAGCGAAAGGAUAGUGGAAGAAAGUCAAAUACAACUGAUGAUUGCACGCCAAAAACAUUAUCUCCAACAGAUGCCUAUACAUCAAAAUUAAAUUCACUUAUUAGACCUAAAGAAAAUUUUAAUAUUAAUUCUAAUGAUAAUAAUAACGGUAAUUCAAAACCAGCCCCACAAGUUUUCAAUGCAGAAUGUUAUAUUGAAAAUGGAAAAAUCAAUUUUGGAAAAAUGAUUUCCGAUGAAAUUUUAGCUGCUGAUCAUAAAUUGGUUGAAACCGGAAGGAAAACAACAAAUGUCGCUGGAACAACAGCAUUAAUUGCAAUAAUUCAAGGAACUAAAUUAAUUGUCGCCAACGUUGGAGAUUCUCGCGGUGUUAUGUGCGAUUCAAGGGGAAAUGCGAUACCUUUAUCAUUUGAUCAUAAACCGCAACAGGUUAGAGAGCGUAAAAGAAUACAUGAUGCAGGCGGUUUUAUUGCCUUUAGAGGUGUAUGGCGCGUAGCUGGUAUUUUGGCAACGUCAAGAGCAAUGGGAGAUUAUCCACUAAAAGACAAAAAUUUGGUUAUAGCUGAUCCAGAUAUUUUGGCAUUUGAAUUAAAUGAUCAUAAGCCAAGUUUUAUUAUACUUGCGUCGGAUGGUCUUUGGGACACAUUUAGUAAUGAAGAGGCUGUAGCUUUUGUUAAAGAUCAUUUAAAUGAACCGAAUUUCGGAGCAAAAGCCCUAUCAUUACAAUCUUAUUACCGUGGUUCUGUUGAUAAUAUUACAGUGCUUGUGAUCGUUUUUAAAGAUGGCGUAUAUCAAAUUGGAAGAUCGACAGGUGCGGGAGUACCAGAAGAAUCGACUAAUAAGAAAAAGUAGACAUGCGUUUUUUUGUUUUUUUUUUGCUCUUCAUACACUUAUUAUAGGUUUCACCAUAUUUUUUUUUAGUUUUAAUUUAUUUUCACAAAUUUUAAGAAGAAAGUAACGUUUUAUUUUUAUUAAAACAAAACAAGUUAUAUUAUUUAUGUUAAUCUCGUAAAAUAUAAGUUUUUCUCAAAUAUUGCAUAAAUAUAAUUUACAGUUAUCAAACACAAAUAAAGCUUCUCGACAAUUGAUUGAGAGGCUCAGAAGUAAAACGGCCUAGCCCACAUAAAUUUUUUACCGAGAUAAAUAAAAUUUAAUAUUUUAUUUUUCUUAAAAUACUCAUAAAAUCUUUCAUGUUAUGAUUUUUCGAAAAGAAAAGAGUAAAAGUUUUAGUUUUCGUUUAUUUUUAUGAAGAUAUCAUUAUUUUUACAUAACUUUAUUUACAUUUUUAACAAAAAAAACAAAAAUUUUGGGAGUGAGGAUGAGCCACUUUGCUUCUGACCCCCUCAAUUGUAAUUAAAAAAAGGAGAAAAUACGCAAGAUAUUUUUGCGAUUGUAUAUAAUUUGCUAUUUCAAUUUUGUUUUUUGCAAAAUUUCGUUAAAAAAUUAUAGUUAGGAUUGUGUAAAAAUCAUUUUAAAGUAGCUAUAUAUAUUUAUAUAUAAACAUAUAUAAUAUUUAUAAUAUGUACGUAUAUAUAUAAAUAUAAUUUACGUCAACGAUUAUUGAUACAUAUAUUGAAAAAGAAAUAAAUAAU